GGUUGCGCGCUCGUUUUAAGGUUUUUCGGCAGAUAAAACGCUUCAGCGAUUUCCGCUUUUUUCCGCCUGCAAAAGACCAUCCCGUCCCGUCCCGCGGCGCCGCCCCGGUGGGUGGUGGUGUGCCGGCUAAGGUACAGGUCGAAAAAGCGGAAAAGCUUAAUCCGAAACGAUCAUCACUCGCACCGGUGAGCACUUGAAUCGCAAAUAUGGCCGAUACGGACGCUGACGAUGCCCUGUUCGAUGGGAUUCUCGAGAAGGUCGGCAACGAUGGUAAAUUUCAGCAUCGGUUUAACGUAAUUUUCAACGUCGGUGCCAUCAUGUUCGCAUCGAUGUCCUAUAUGAGUAUCAUCCUGGCACUGAACAAACCGCCCCAUAAUUGCCACGUCCCUGGAAUGGAGCGGUAUAACAUUUCCGAUGCGGAAAUGUGGAAGAAUCUAACACUGCCGAGGGAAACGGACAACAAAGGUCUACUGAGCUACAGCAAGUGUCAGAUGUACAACGUAACGGAGGACCAUUUGAAAGUUCAUUACAGUGAAUGGAGCUUUCAAGACACGGAUAUUAUCAACUGCGCCUAUGGCUACGAUUACGAUAGAACGUACUACGAUCGGACUCCCAUCACUGAACAUGAUUGGAUCUGCGACAAAGGAUUCCGGGAAACGAACAUUUUUGUGUACAAUCGAUUUGGUGAACUGUUCGGGACGUUCAUUUUUGGUCAACUUGGCGAUACUCUCGGCAGAAAGCCGGUAUUCUACUUCAGUGUACUGAUCAUCACCGUCGGAAGAUUGAUUUCGAUGUUUACGGCUUCGAUUUACAUCGUGUUCUGCAUUGCCGCCGUGCUGGGUUCGCUUACGGCCAACUCGAUUUUCCAGGCGCCAUUGAUCAUUGCCAUGGAAGUUUCCAAAAGUGAACGACGGGGCUACAUCUCUAUGAUGCAAUGCAUCGGCUGGACGACGGGUCUCUGCAUACUACCGAUGGUAUUCUGGGCAACACGCGACUGGUUUUGGGCGCUGAUGUUCACCACACUUCCGAUAAUCUUUUUCAUUUUCAUUCCCCAAUACCUGAUUGAGUCUCCCCGGUGGCUGGCGACCCGAGGCAAGUACGGUCGGUCGAUGCGGGAGCUGCGAAAGAUUGCUGCCUGCAACGGGGUCCGCCAGGUGCCAUUCGAUGAACAUUCACUGGAAAAGCUGUUCUCCAAUCGGAAGGUUGAGACCGUCUACGGGAUGGCAUCCCUGUUCAGCGGCUGGCGGAUGGCGAAAAACACUAUCCUCUGCGUCGUGUGCUGGAUCGUUGCCAGCAUCACAUACUUCACUCUCGUACUACUAAGCUCCCGUAUGGACGGCAAUCCCUUCUUGAAUUUCCUGUGGCAAAGCGCGAUCGAGUUGCCGGCGUACAAAGUUGGUCAAAUUCUGACGGACAGCCUGGGCCGACGAGUAUCAAACUCGGUGGCAUUCUUGAUAGCCGCUCUAAUUUGCAUUCCGAUUUUAGUGAUCGUUCGAAACUCAGAAUACGAGGCCAUCGUCAUAACGCUCACCAUCGCCGUGAAACUAUGCGUCAGUAUUAAUUUCUUUGCCGUGAAUCUGCAGUCCAUCGAGAUCUACCCGACCUGUUUGCGGCAGACCGGACUGGCCUUUGCGGCCAUCAUGGCGAAUCUGUUCGGUGUGUUAGGACCGUAUGUGGUCUAUCUGGGCACGGAGUAUGACGUCCGGUAUCCAUUCGCCGUGAUUGGGCUUCUGUCGGUUCUCGGCUCAGCCUGUGCUGCCUGGCUACCGGAAACGCUUCACCAGGCCCUACCGGAGUCGAUCGAACAGGCACAGAAAUUUGGAAAGAAUCAAAAAUUUUGGUCACUGCCGAAGAAACCGAAAUUGCACCGCGAACCGACGCUUGGUGAGGAGAUGCAGGAAGCGGAAAAACUCCACCAAGUGGCGGCUGACCAGGAGGAGCAGAUGGAAUCGAUGUUCACCUACGUGACAUACUUCAUCUUGGUACUGUUAAGCUCUAGAAUGGAUGGCAACCCGUUUCUGAACUUUCUGUGGCAAAGUGCGGUCGAGUUACCUGCUUACAAAAUCGCCCAGCUGAUGUCGGACAAUCUGGGUCGACGGCUUACCAACUCACUGGCCUAUCUCUCAGCUUCGGCCCUAUGCAUUCCGAUUCUGCUGAUAAUACGCAACUCGCAGUAUGAAACCGUUAGCAUUUAUCUUACGAUUGCCGUCAAAUUUUGCGCCAGCAUAAGCUUUUUCGCGGUUAAUCUGCAAUCCAUCGAAAUCUAUCCAACCUGCUUGCGACAGUCCGGUUUGGCCUUUGCCGUUAUCAUGUCCAACCUGUUUGGCAUUCUUGGUCCCUACGUGGUCCACCUGGGGAUGGAAUAUGACGUCCGGCUACCGUAUAUCUUUAUUGGAUUGACGAUGAUUGGAGGGGCCAUUUGUGCGGGUUUUCUACCAGAGACUCUGCACCAACUGCUGCCGGAAACUAUCGAACAAGCACAGAAGUUCGGGAAGAAACAGGCUUUCUGGUCACUGCCGAAGAAACCCACGAAGCGGUUUACGGAAAAUGUACUUACAGUUGAGCUAGAAGAGCAGAAACAGUUGAAAAUGUUUAGCAUUGAUGGUGAUGGAUAUGACUAA